CUGAAGCCCACCCCUGCCCUCAAGUACAUCAGCCCUGUGCGUCUUCCUCCAGCCUCCGCAGUGUGCACUCUGCGAGUCGACGGAACUGAACAGCAGCCCCCUCCGGCCCUCCGCCAGUCUGCCUCCCUCAUCACUCGACCAGCCGGACCAGCCGACCAGGGUACCAAGAUGCUGAAACGAGUUAUUUUGAAAGCUAAGAUCAAAAUUAACCACGCCUUAUAUUUGGUUCUUGCACUUCUGCCAGACCCUCACCCACGUCAUCCACCCAAACUUCGCAAAACUCGAGCAGCUUGGCUGGUCUUGGCAUUGGGGUCCUUGACUUAUGUGUUUGGCUAUUUCAUAGAACCAACAGGCUCAUUCAAGUUUAAAGAUUGGAUUAUCCUCCAGCUAAGUGGUUUCAUACUACCUCCAAUUGCUAUCCCUCUACUGUGCAUUUUAUUGUAUGUGCCCUUUCUGCUACUUUUGGGGUUCGGUUGGGAUAUUGCUCCACUGCAACUUCAUGUGAGAUUGCGCGCUCAGCUUUUCUUGGUUUGCAUUUGCUUGGUGUUGGCACUCUGCGUGGAGAGCUACUUUGAGACAUUGUUGGGGUUUGUAGCGUGCUUUCAUGUCUUGACGGUCAUCAAUUUCUUAGCGGCUGCAGACGACUUCUAUGUAUGGGAUGUCAUAUCGGCCCUAUUAUUUAUACUUUUUGAAGUGGGAUUAUGUUAUUGUCGCUAUACCCCAGAUGAUGGAUAUGUAAGUGUAGGAGAAUAAUAUGCAUGGUCGUAGGAGUACUUAGCUUGUUUAUUAGGAUAUACAUGUAGUUGUGGACUUCUGUUUGCUAUGCUUAUUGCCGUUAUUUGUUGCAAAUGGUAAUGUGGGGGACUUUGUUCCAUGAGUUAUUUCUCCUUUGAUUUAUAUUGACUGCAAGUGACAUUUUAAACAAAUACGUUAUGAUAU